AUGAGUAAGCAGAAGCAGCUCAAGCUCGUCAUGCAAAACCCACCACUAACUCGAGCUGCGAGCUCCGUGGCUAAGCUCACAACUAGCAGCGGAGAUGAAAUACUCCCAGACGCAAAUCAGCCUAGCGCCGCAGACCCAGUGACCAAAUAUGAGCUCGAGUCACUGCUUAAUAAACUGCGGGACAGUUUCAAAGAAGACAUGGCAACUUUGGUGAAUGAAUCAACACAAUCACUCAAACAAUCAGUGUCACAGCUUGGACAACAAGUGGCAUCGUUCAACACUCGCCUCACACAAACUGAAGUUACAGUCGGAGAAAACUUCAAACACAUUACAGAAAUUGAGGUCGAGGUGAAAACCCUCAAGACCGAAACACAGAUACUCCACGAUCGUGUGGAGGAACUGGAAAAUAGAUCCCGUCGUUCAAAUCUGAGGAUUAUCAACAUUCCCGAAGGAAGCGAAAAGGACCAAGACCCCAUCAAGUUUAUGGCUAACCUGAUAAUGAAGCUGGUUGGCCCCGAUGUCUUCUCAAACCCCCCGGAGAUAGAGCGCGCCCAUCGCACCCCAGGAUUUCGAGCGGCAGACACGGGUGGAUCAACGAAACCCAGGGUCUUCAUCGUGAAAUUCCUGCGUUACCAAGAUAAAGAAACGCUCCGGAGAUGGGCCACGCAACAUCCACUGGAAUAUAGCGGCUCAACACUUCGAGUGUACCCGGAUAUCAGCGCUGCUUUGGCGAAGAGGCGAGGUGCGUUCAAAGAAGUUAAGAACAAACUAUAUCGCAAUGGAAUAAAAUUCCGCUUACUACACCCCGCUCGCCUGCAGGUGUGGAGCGGAAAUAAAAAUCACUAUUUUGAUUCUCCCGAAGAAGCUCAAGUCUUUGCUGACCGAAAUAGUUCUAGUCGUGAGUAG